UUUUAGCAAGGGAAUUUAUUACUCUGGUUUCGUUUUCGUAAGUGGAGUGUAUUGUGAUUUAUAUACAGGUUUGAAAUAAGAAUACCAUUACUGUUAGUUUGUCAGAAGUAUUAUACUGUAUAUGAAAUCACAUUCGAGAGCGACGACAUUUAAUAUAAGUCGUCAGAGAGAAAAGAGCAGCUAGGGUAAAAAGUGAACAUGGAUGAAAAACCUGUGGCAUCAACGAUAAGACCAGGCACCAGGGUGGUGAGAGGACCAGACUGGGCAUCCAAGAGACAGGAUAACGGGGAAGGAUUUGUGGGAACCAUAAUCUAUGUCCCUAAGCAUGGAUCCAACGACCACAAGGUGACGGUUAUCUGGGACUCGGGAUUAGAGCGCCGAUACAGGGCGGGGCAGGACGGAAAGUACGACCUUAGGGUGUUCGACUCCGCCCCUUCAGGAGAAGUUCACAAACACAUAGUGUGUGACGUUUGUAACGACGAAGAUGUAAAAGGACUGCGUUGGAAAUGUACGGAUUGUGAGGAUUUCGAUCUUUGUACAAUUUGUUACAUGAACGACAAGCACAACAAGGAGCAUGGAUUUGUCAGAAUCGACUCACAACAAAGUAGCGCAGUUCCUGUGCCUCCAAGAAACAAAAGUCAAUCGUUGGAAGCUUUUGGUCUAUACCCAGACACUGAAGUAAUGAGAGGCCCACACUGGAAAUGGAAAAACGAUGAUGGUGGUGAAGGUCAGGUAGGGAAGACACAGAAAGUGGUCACGUGGGCCGGGAAGUACCACCGCGGGGGUGUGAGGGUUCAGUGGCAGACCGACUCUUCUGUGAAUGAGUACAGAGUAGGGGGCGAGGGAUGUGUUGACGUCAUCUACACAAGAAAGAAAUCGGCGACAUCUGGUGGCAAAUACUAUCCAGACCAUCUGCCUGUUGUUGAUGUUGACAAAUCCGGAAUAAUCUUCCUGAAGCCGGGGGACAAAGUACAAGUAAAUUUGACCGUGAAGGCCUUUCGGCAGUUGCAGGAUAACGCCAUCUAUGGUGGAUGGGAGGAAGGCAUGGAACAGUGUAUUGGAGAACUUGGAACCAUUGUGCAGAUCUUGUUUCAAGGGAAAACUUGUCGAGUACAGUACACAGACGGCAGAAUCUGGAGCAUCAAUAGAGUGGCGCUCACAAGGGUCCAUACCUUUUCCGCGGGCGAUGCCAUCACUGUUCUGUCGGACUACAAUGCCGUCGUGGACCUUCAAGAUGGACACGGGGGAUGGAAUGACAACAUGAAGUCGGCUCUAGGGGCUAAUGGGCGCAUUAAAGACAUAGACAAAGAUGGAGACAUUAUUGUCACAAUUGGGAAUAAAACCUGGACUUUUAGUCCCGUUUGCAUCAUGCCCUUGGAGAAUGAAGCCGUUGCCGCAGAAAUUCCAGCCAUUCCAGCUAAAAAAUCAACCACACAACCAAAAGAUAAAGCUUCAGAGACUGUGAAUGAGAUGAUAGCCAAGAUAGGCGGACAUUUAAAAGAGCAACAACGAAGUCAGGUUGAGGACAUCAUUGCCGAAGCAGCAAUGGAAGGCAAUAUUGAGAAAGUCAAAUCAAUAAUUCGCCAGCAACCGAGUGCGGUCGACAAAACAUUUGAGGGGAAGACGGCUCUGCAAUUUGCAUGCUAUGAUGGUCAUAUUGAUAUCAUAAAGUUCUUGUUGGAAAGCAAGGCCGACCCUAACUUUCAGGAUUCCGAGGGAGAUAGCCCUUUACACUUUAGUGCUCAUGGAAAUGAACCUAAUGCAAUGGUAGAACUCUUGAAACACAAAGCAAAUGUCAACAUUGUGAACAAGAAAAAACAGACUCCUCUUCAUAUUGCCGUGGGAGUGACUAGCCCAGAGUGUAUAAAGAUACUGUUAAAAGCCAAUGCUGACCCAUCAAUGAAGGACUUUGAUGGGGACACUCAAAUGCAUGAUGCAAUUGCACAGAAAAACAACGAAUCAGAUAUUGUGAAGUAUCUUCUAGAGAGUCCACGGGCAGACUUCUCGCAAACCAACAAGGGAGGUUUCAAUGUACUGCAUUGGGCAGCCAUGAAAAAUUCCAAAUUGGCUGUUGAAAUAAUAUUGAAAAAGAAGCCCCAAAUGGCAAAUGAUAAAAUGUCGGAUGGAAUCGCUGCAUUGCAUCUAGCUGCUGUGAACAAUUGCAUAGAGAUUGCCAAUAUCUUAAUCAAAAGUGGUCAGUGUGAUGUGAAUAUCAUGGACAAAAAGAAAAGAACGCCCUUGAUAUUAUGUGUGGGCCAAGGUCACCAACAGAUGAUGGAGUUGCUCAUUGGGGCGGGGAGCAAAGUCAACGCUCAGGACUCCGAUGGAAACACGGCACUUCAUGUCGCUAUGUUGAUUAACGCUUUACCAAGGCAACAAGAAAUGGACACCGAGAUUAUCUGUGCCUUACUGGAGGCCAAGGCGGACAUCAAUAUAAAGAACAAAGAUGGCGAACUACCUUUGGACCUAGCCGGUGAUGAAAAAACCAAACAGUUUAUGAUUAGUCUUGCGAAAAAGGCUGAGGCUAAAAAUCUACAGACCACGUCAAGGGGGAUAGGGAUUCCCCCGGACUGGGAGCCAAUGACAACAUCUGUCCGCUUCAAACGUGUUCCCCUCUCACCGAAUGCUGGCGGUAUGAUGCAAAAAGAAUACAAAAUGGUUGCUGAAAAAUUUAACAAAACGCUUGGACAAGCUACAAUUCUGCAAAUAGAACGAGUUCAAAACGUGUAUUCCUGGGAGACAUAUCAAUUGACAAGGAGAAAUCUUGAACACAAAUAUGGUGGUGUUGGGUGUGCUAAUGAGGAAGACCUAUUUCAUGGCACGAAGACCGAUUACAUCGACGAUAUUUGUAAAGAUAACUUUGAUACACGUCUGGCAGGCGAAAGAGUUGGAACUCUGUUGGGUUAUGGGACAUAUUUUGCCAGAGACGCCAAAUAUUCCGAUCUGUACGCAGGAGCAGACAAAGAUAGAAACAAGUACAUGUUUCUGGCCAAAGUAUUGUGUGGAAAAUGGGAUCAAGGAAAUCCGAAUUACAGGCGCCCUCCUAAUAUUGAUCCCAAGGAUUCCCACUCUGAACUGUACGACUCCUGUGUGGAUAAUGUGGAUAAUCCUAAAAUAUUCUGCAUUUACGACAAAAACCAGUACUAUCCAAAUUAUCUGAUCAAGUAUAAAUAAAUCAGCGUAUAAAUACAAUGGAGCCACAGUUGUCCGGACGUUUUUGUUCCGAAGUCCAGUCGUCUGGAUAUUUGAAGCGUCCGGAUAUCUGAAAUGUGUCUAAUAUUGUCGGACGUUACAAAAAACUGAUAAUCCUUACAAUUAUUAGUAAGUUUUUAGUUUCUUGUCUUUUUAUAUUCAAUAGUCUAUGAUAAAUUUCUAUUGGAAAGUUACGUAGUGCCAUAGAUAAACAUAACAUGAGAGUUACGAUUUUUGCUUUGACUGUAAUCUCCGUUUAAUGAAAUAAACUGU